AUUUACAGCCCUCACUGAACACUUGUACUUGGGUGGCAAGGGUUUGCUGCAAAAGUAAAUGGCGAGGUCGGAGGAAAAGGCAGAGAGAAUCAAAUAACGCCCUCCCAAGGCCACAAAGGAACUUGUGGCUCAAAAUCCACUCUGAGUGCUGACCUGGCCCUCCUCUUCUGAUGCAGUUAAACACUGAGAGAGAGCUGAGGAAGAGACGAGCCGCAAGCGGAAGGAAUAAGUCAAAUUAGAGGGGAAAGAGAAAGAGAAAGAGAAAGAGAAGUUAAAACAGGGGAGGACGAUGCCUGAGAUAAGAGACUCCGCUGCCGCGAUCAAGCUCUUCGGGAAGACGAUAACGUUACGCCAAGGAGAAGUCGGAGAAGGAGGGAAGCCUCAGGAUCCACAUGAGGAAACUGCUCCAAAGACAAGCCAAGAAGAAACAACAGAUUCACAGGAGAAGCAUGAGUGUUCGAACUCUCCUUCGGUCGACCAAGAAGAUGCCUCUACCAAGAAGUCGCCAUGCGAUGAACAAUCGAUCGAAGGAAGCAACUCGAAGGAGAAAACUCUGAAGAAGCCCGACAAGAUCCUUUCGUGCCCCCGGUGCAAAAGCAUGGACACCAAGUUCUGCUACUACAAUAACUACAAUGUAAACCAGCCCCGGCACUUCUGCAAGAACUGCCAAAGGUACUGGACUGCCGGAGGCACCAUGAGGAACGUCCCCGUAGGCGCUGGUCGACGCAAGAACAAGAACUCGUGCCACUACGGGCACAUCACCAUACCUGAAUCAGCUCACUAUCCAUGUUUAGCCCCAAAUGGCAGUGUGCUCAGCUUUGGUUCUAAUGCACCUCUGCGCAAUACAAAUUCCUUGAUCACCGCAAACGAGGACGACACGUCCGAACUUGCACUGAGCGGCAAGGUCCACGAGAGUUCUCAAGAAGCAGGCACUCAACUUCCAUGUCUCACUGGAUCUACCUGGCCAUAUCUAUGGAACACAGCACUUCCUUUUUGUGCUCCAAACGUGCCGAUUCCGGUUUAUCAUGCUGCAGCCUAUUGGAGCUGCGCGGUUCCUCCCGGAGCAUGGAAUACGCCAUGGCUAUCUCCUGUGAUGACAGCCGGUUCUACCUUAGGCAAGCAUGUGCGAGAUGGAGAAGAUGGAUGCGAGCAGAUGAAUCUUGCCAGAACAUUUAAGAUUGAUGACUCCGAAGAAGUUUCCAAGAGCUCUAUCCGGACGAUGGUAAGUAGCGCGAGCAGUGGUGGAGGGCUGCUCAAGGCCUUCCAGCCCAAGGGCGGCAUCAAGAAUCACGGAUUUGAGGUGCCUUCUCUGCUGCAUGCUAACCCUGCAGCAUUUGCUCGAUCUCUCCACUUCCAAGAGACCUCCUAGUCGGACCACAACAUGCGAAUUCUACUGAAAGCAGAGCCUGAAAUUUUUCAUAGGAGGAAGAAGAAGCCAUUACUAAUGUAACGGUAGAAGUUUAAUAGUUAGUCUUCAGUUUAAUGGUUUGAGUAGUUUUCUGCAUGUAAAUAGAUAAGAAGUGAGAAGGCUUAUGAUAACUGGAGGAAGAGCAAGAGAGUUCCUUUGAACAUCAUGACUUUGAGAAGUUGAUUGGAAAAGAAAAUGAUUUAACACUUUCAUCCUCUUAAAGUCUAUGAAUUCAAGGGUGAGAAUGUCUAAAAGGAAGAAUUUUAGGACCAAAUGGAUCAAUGAGAAUGUCUUGCUUAUGACAAGGAAGGGAAUAUAAGAGUGAAAGAAACAUUCAGUUUA